GGAGCGAGCGAGCGGCCUGGCUCCGUGAGUGGCGCAGACGCGGCGCGGGGCCGCGGGCAGGGGCCGGAGGUGUUGCAGGCCCGGGCGGUGCUAGGCUGGCGGCGCCAUGUACAAUGGGAUAGGGCUCCCCACUCCCCGGGGCAGCGGCACCAACGGCUACGUCCAGCGCAAUCUCUCGGCCGUGCGGCACAAGAAGGAGCGAACCGACUACAAGUCGGAGGAGGAGCUCAGGAAGCUGGAGUCGUCUCUGGUGAAGAAGCCCAACCAGGAGAUCCUGGACCAUGAGCGCAAGCGGAAGGUGGAGCUGAAAUGCCUGGAGCUGGCCGAGCUCAUGGAGGAACAGGGCUACGCCGAGGGCGAGAUCCAGGAGAAGGUGGCGACCUUCCGGCUCAUGCUCCUGGAGAAGGACGUGGCGCUGGGCAAGGAGGGGGAGCAGCAGCCCGAGCAGAAGCCAGCGGUCACAGAGACCCACCAGCUGGCUGAGGCCAACGAAAAGAAGAACGAGCGGCUGCGGGCGGCUUUUGGCAUCAGCGAGAAUUAUGUCGACGGGAGUUCGUUCGACCCCAACCGCAGGGCUAAGGAGGCGGCGGCUGCGGCAGCCAAGCAACAGGAGCAGCAGAAGCAGUACAGCCUGGUCCAUGAGUCCAGCAGCUCCCGCUCUCCAUCCCCCAAGCAGAAGAAAAAGAAAAAGAAGAAAGACAGAGGCAGGUCAGAGAGCAGAUCCCCUUCUCGAAGAGAGAGGAAAAAGAGCUCUAAGAAGAAGAAACACAGGUCCGAGUCAGACUCGAAGAAGAGGAAACACAGGUCUCCCAGUCCGAAGAGCAAACACAAAGCCAAGGAGAAGAAGAGGAAGAGAUCCACCAGCGAGUCAGCGUCCCAGAAGGGCCGAAGAGGUCGCUCGUCCUCCCCAGACUCUUCCUCCUCCUCGGACAGCUCGCGGAGCAGGUCCCGGAGCGUCACCACUCAGAAGCGGGCCUCCCUGCCCAGCGUGACCCCCCCAGCGCCGCCACGGAGGAGAGCUGACCCCGAGGGCGCCUCAAAGGAUGCCCCCAAGAGAGAUCGCUCAGCAUCCCCCGAGGUCAGCCGGCGCGCGCAGAGCAGCAGCCCCCGGGAGAGUCGAGAUAAGCGAGAGAAGCGGUCGUCUCGGCACUCCCCCCGCCAGCGUUCCUCCUCCCCGUCGCCCGUCUCCGAGGGGAAACUAAAGGACAAGGAUCGCCCCUGGCAGCCAGAGCGCAAAUCCACCCCCGCCCCGUCCUCGGAGCGUGAGCCCCGCCCUCAACGCCGCUCCCCAUCCCCCGAGCCGGCCCGAGAGAGGGCCUCGUCCGGCCACAAGCGCCCACCCUCCAAGGAGACCAAGUCCCCCCGAUCCUCCUCCCCGCCUCCCAAAAAGCCAGUGACUGAUCGCCCCAAGAGCCCGUCCCAAGCGGCUGCCCCCUCGGCACCGACCACCACCCGGAAGGCCCGGCCGUCCCGCUCGGGCUCUGAGAGCGACGAAAACUCGUCCUCCUCUUCCCCCGAGCGGGAUAAGCCGGCCCCGAGCAGGCAGGAGAAAUCGAAGGGCUCCCAGCGCCGGGAACGCUCCAGUUCUUCCCCAGAGCCCUCCCAGCCUGCUAAGGUUGCCUCCAAGCCCUCGUCCCGGCGUGAGCGCUCUGGCACCCCGGCGAAGAGCGCCAAAACCCGCUCCCUCUCCAAGAGAGACGCCAGGUCCCGGUCCCGGACGCCCCCUUCCCGCAGGGAGCGUUCCCGCACCCCGCCCCGCCGGGGAGGCCGUUCCCGCACCCCACCCCGCCGGGGGGCCCGUUCCCGUACGCCACCGAGACGGGGCCGGUCCCGAUCCCGGAGCCCCCAGUGGAGAGGCAGGUCCCGGAGCCCCCAGAGGUGGGGACGGUCCCGUUCCCGCACUCCGCCCAGGUGGGGCAAAUCCCGUACGCCCCAGAGGAGGGGGAGAUCUCGCAGCCCUCAACGGCGAGGGUGGUCCCGCUCCAGGACACCCCAGAGGCCUGGCUGGUCUAGGAGCCGGAACACGGCAAGGCGGGGUCGAUCUAGAACCCCUCCCCGGCGAGGCAGGUCCCGGUCUAGAACCCCUCCCCGGCGAGGCAGGUCCCGGUCUAGAACCCCUCCCCGGCGAGGCAGGUCCCGGUCUAGAACCCCUCCCCGGCGAGGCAGGUCCCGGUCUAGAACCCCGCCCCGGCGAGGCAGGUCCCGGUCUAGAACCCCGCCCCGGCGAGGCAGGUCCCGGUCUAGAACCCCGCCCCGGCGAGGCAGGUCAGGGUCCUCUCCCAGGCGGGAGAAAUCACUGAUUUCAGCCAGGAGGAGCCGCUCUGGGUCAUCAGCCGAGCGGAGGAAAAAAUCCAGGCUGCCCCUGCGAAGGAGCCUGUCUGACUCGUCGCCAGACGUGAAGCAGAAAUCCAGGAAAGUGUCAAGACGCAGCCGCUCCGCAUCAUCCCCUCGGCUACAGAAGAAAUCCAGAUCAUCGCCCCGGAGGAGCCGCUCUGGCUCAUCCCCUCGGCCAAAAAAGAAAUCCAGAUCAUCCCCUCGGAGGAGCCGGUCAGGGUCGUCUCCAGUGCUCAAGAAGAAAUCCAGAACGCCGUCCAGGAGGAGGAGGAGGAGGAGGUCUGGAUUGUCUCCGGCACUCAAAAAGAAAUCCAGAUCACCGCCUAGAAGAAGCCGGUCUGGAUCGUCUCCAGAAGUGAAGAAAAAAUCCAGAUCACCUCCAAGACGAAGGAGGUCUGGAUCUUCUCCACUGGCGAGAAAGAAAUCCAGAUCAUCGCCAAGACGAAGCAGGUCUAGGUCCUCGCCAGUGCUGAAGAAGAAAUCUAGAUCGCCCCUGAGACGAAGCAGGUCUAGCUCCUCGCCAGUGUUGAAGAAGAAAUCUAGAUCGCCCCCGAGACGAAGCAGUUCUGGGUCCUCUUCAGUGGCAAAGAAGAAAUCCAGAUCACCGCCUGUGAGAGGCCGAUCUGGGUUGUCUCCAGCAUUGAGAGAGAAAUCUAGAUCGCCCCCGAGACGAAGCAGGUCUGGAUCAUCUCCAGUGGUGCGAGAGAAGUCUAGAUCACCCCCGAGACGAAGCAGAUCUGGAUCAUCUCCAGUGGUGAGAGAGAAAUCUAGAUCACCCCUGAGACACAGCAAAUCUGGAUCAUCUCCAGCUGUGAGAGAGAAACCGAGAUCACCACUGAGACGAAGCAGAUCUGGAUCCUCUCCAGAACAGAGAGGGAAAUCCGUAUCACCUCCUGUGAGAAGCCGGUCUGACUCCUCUCCUGGGUUGAAGAAGAAGUCUAGGUCUCCUGCAAGGCAAAGUGGGCUUGGCUCUUUGCCAGCCGUGGAAGGGAAAUCCAGAUCUCCUGUAGUGAGAAGCAGAUCUGGAUCCUCUCCAGAACAGAGAGGGAAAUCUGUAUCACCUCCUGUGAGAAGCCGGUCUGACUCCUCUCCUGGGUUGAAGAAGAAGUCUAGGUCUCCUCCAAGGCAAAGUGGGCUUGGAUCUUCGCCAGCCGUGGAAGGGAAAUCCAGAUCUCCUGCAGUGAGAAACAGAUCUGGAUCCUCUCCAGACCUGAAGAAGCUGUCUAAGACCUCUCCAAGACACAGUGGUGCUGGGUCUUCUCCAGUGGUGGAAGAGAAAUCAAGUUUACCUCCAAGAUGCAGCCAGUCUGGAUCCUCUCCAGAACUGAUGAAGAAAUCCAGAUCGCCGCCUGUGAUAGGCAGGUCUGGAUCCUCUCCGGAACUAAAUGAUAAAUCUAGCUCCUCACUCCCAAGACAAAGCCAACCAGGAUCCCCUCCAGAACCAAAAAAGAAAUCCAGAUCACCUCCAAGAUGUGUUAAACCUGGUGCCUCUCCAGUGGUGAAAGAAAAAUCCAGAUCUCCCCAGCCAUGGCAAAGCCGAUCCGGAUCCUCUCCAGAAGUGAAAAAGAAAUCCCCAUCACCAUCCAUAAGAGGGGCCUCUGUAGAGCAAGCAAAAUCCAGAUCGCCUCCCUCACUGAGCGGAUCCGGAUCAUUGUUGACGUUGAAAGGGAAAUCCAGUUCGCCCCCAAGACACAGCCGAUCUGGAUCCUCUCCAGGGUCAGGAAGCAAACUUGGAGCAGUUUCAAAACACAACAGGCCUGGGGUUUGUCCAGAAGCUACAGAGCUAGUGAGGAUUUUAGCAGGUCAGGUCAAGCCAGUGUCUCCUGAGGCAAAAGACAAAUAUGGAACGUCCCCAAGAAGGAGCAGAUUGGGGUCAUCCCCUGGCAUCAGAGAGAAAUCCAGAACACCUCCAAGCAGCUCAGAGUCUUCUCCAGAACGGGCAGAAAUAUCCCAAUCGCCUCUGAGACGCAGCAGGUCUGGUUCGCCCCCCAGGCCCCGAGAGAAGUCCCGAUCGCCCCCCAGGCCCCGAGAGAAGUCCCGAUCGCCCCCCAGGCCCCGAGAGAAGUCCCGAUCGCCCCCCAGGCCCCGAGAGAAGUCCCGAUCGCCUCCCAGGCCCCGAGAGAAGUCCCGAUCGCCCCCAAGGCGCAGCAGGUCUGGCUCAUCUCCCAGGCCCCGAGAGAAAUCCCGAUCGCCCCCGAGGCGCAGCAGGUCUGGCUCAUCUCCCAGGCUUCGAGAGAAAUCCCGAUCCCCCCCCAGGCCCCGAGAGAAGUCCCGAUCGCCCCCAAGGCGCAGCAGGUCUGGUUCAUCUCCCAGGCCUCGAGAGAAGUCCCGAUCGCCCCCGAGGCGCAGCAGGUCUGGUUCAUCUCCCAGGCCUCGAGAGAAAUCCCGAUCCCCCCCCAGGCCCCGAGAGAAGUCCCGAUCGCCCCCGAGGCGCAGCAGGUCUGGUUCAUCUCCCAGGCCUCGAGAGAAAUCCCGAUCGCCCCCCAGGCCUCGAGAGAAGUCCCGGUCGCCCCCGAGGCGCAGCAGGUCUGGUUCAUCUCCCAGGGCUCGAGAGAAAUCCCGAUCUCCUGCUAGAUAUGGCAGUUCCGGCUCAUUUCUGAGAUCUAGAGAGAAAUCCAGAUCUCCUGCAAGGUACAGCAUAUCCGGCUCGUCCCUAAGACUUCGAGAGAAAUCCAGAUCCACUCCAAGGCGUGGCAGGUCCGGUUCAUCCCCGAGACCUCGAGAGAAGCUGGGGGCGUCUCCCAGAAGCAGCCGCUCUGGGUCGUCUCCAGAGAGACCCAAAGGUCCAACAAGGCGUGGCCGAUCCAGCUCUCCCUCCAGAAGGGGGAAGUGGAGAUCUUCCCUGCGGCGAGGAAGAUCCGGGUCUUCGCCCAGAAGAACCCGGUCCCGGUCCAUCUCCAGACGAGGCAAAUCCAGAAGCUCCCUGCGGAGAGACCGAUCCAUCCGUCGCCGGCAGGAGCCGCUCUCAGAUCCACCUCGCGAUUCUUCCCGCCGCCGGGAGCGUUCGCCAUCCUCACCCCGUCGCAGCAGAUCCCGCACGCAGCCCCGCCGGCCGAGCGGGGGGUCCUCCCCCCAGCGCAGCGGCUCCCGCCAGCCCCGCCUCCCGCUCCCACCGAAACUGGACGUUCUCCCGCACCCCGGCCUCUCCUACCACGGCCGUCAUGAAGGCUCGCCGGCCAGGACUCCGCUCAGGCUACGGACCGCCAAAACGAGCCGGGAGGAGGUCCAGCUCGCCAACCGGUGUCUGGAGAAAUACCCCCAAAGUGGGAGCGGCCGACAAGGAGCACCGGCAGAGCUGAGAAGACGUCGCCGUGGUGUCGGUGCCCAUCCGCAGCAGCCGUCACGCUCCCCGCCGGCUCCAGAUCCAGGAGGAGCCGCUCUGGGUCAUCAGCCGAGCGGAGGAAAAAAUCCAGCUGCCCCUGCGAAAGCGAGGAGCCUGUCUGAGACCUCGUCGCCAGACGUGAAGCGAAUCCAGGAAAGUGUCAAGACGCAGCCGGCUCCGCAUCAUCCCCUCGGCUUACAGAAGAAAUCCGAUCAUCGCCCCGGAGGAUCCGCUCUGGCUCAUCCCCUCCGGCCAAAAAAGAAAUCCAGAUCAUCCCCUCGGAGGAGCCGGUCAGGGUCGUCUCCAUUGCUCAAGAAGAAACUCCAGAACGCCGUCCAGGAGGAGGAGGAGGAGGUCUGGAUUGUCUCCGGCCAUCAAAAGAAAUCCAGAUCACCGCCUAGAAGAAGCCGGUCUGGAUCGUCUCCAGAAGUGAAGAAAAACUCCAGAUCACCUCCAAGACGAAGGAGGUCUGGAUCUCUCCACUGGCGAGAAAGAAAUCCAGAUCAUCGCCAAGACGACGCAGGUCUAGGUCCUCGCACAGUGCUGAAGAAGAAAUCUAGAUCGCCCCUGAGACGAAGCCCCGAGAGAAGUCCCGAUCGCCCCCCAGGCCCCGAGAGAAGUCCCGAUCGCCCCCCAGGCCCCGAGAGAAAGUCCCUAUCGCCCCCCAGGCCCCGAGAGAAGUCCCGAUCGCCUCCCAGGCCCCGAGAGAAGUCCCGAUCGCCCCCCAAGGCGGCAGCAGGUCUGGCUCAUCUCCCAGGCCCCGAGAGAGAAAUCCCGAUCGCCCCCGAGGCGCAGCAGUCUGGCUCAUCUCCCAGGCUUCGAGAGAAAUCCCCGAUCCCCCCCCCAGGCCCCGAGCGAGAAGUCCCGAUCGCCCCUCAAAUGCGCAGCAGGUCUGGUUCAUCUCCACAGGCCCUCGAGAGAAGUCCCGAUCCGCCCCCGAGGCGCAGCAGGUCUGGUUCAUCUCCCAGGCUCGAGAGAAAUCCCGAUCCCCCCCCAGGCCCCGAGAGAAGUCCCGAUCGCACACCCGAGAGGCGCAGCAGGUUCUGGUUCCUCUCCCAGGCCUCGAGAGAAAUCCCGAUCCCCCCCCAGCCCCGAGAGAAGUCCCGGUCGCCCCCGAGGCGCAGCAGGGCUCGAGAGAAUCCCCGAUCUCCUGCUAGAUAUGGCAGUUCCCGGCUCAUUUCUGAGAAUCUAGAGAGAAAUACAGUAUCUCCUGCAAGGUACAGUCAAUCCAGGCUCGUCCCUAAGACUUUCGAGGAAAUCCAGAUCCACUCCAAGGCGUGCAGGUCCGGUUCAUCCCCGAGACCUCGAGAGAAGCUGGGGGCGUCUCCCAGAAGCAGCCGCUCUGGGUCGUCUCCAGAGAGACCCAAAGGUCCAACAAGGCGUGGCCGAUCCAGCUCUCCCUCCAGAAGGGGGAAGUGGAGAUCUUCCCUGCGGCGAGGAAGAUCCGGGUCUUCGCCCAGAAGAACCCGGUCCCGGUCCAUCUCCAGACGAGGCAAAUCCAGAAGCUCCCUGCGGAGAGACCGAUCCAUCUCGUCGCCCGGCAGGAGCCGCUCAAGAUCCACCUCGCGAUUCUCCCGCCGCCGGGAGCGUUCGCCAUCCUCACCCCGUCGCAGCAGAUCCCGCACGCCGCCCCGCCGAGCCCGAGCGGGGUCCUCCCCCCAGCGCCGCGGCUCCCGCCAGCCCCGCUCCCGCUCCCCACCGAAACUGGACGUCUCCCGCACCCCGGCCUCUUCCUACCACGGCCGCUCGAAGGCGUCGCCGGCCAGGACCCGCUCAGGCUCCGGCUCGCCAAAACGAGCCGGGAGGAGGUCCCGCUCGCCACCGGUUCUGGAGAAAUACCCCAAAGUGGGAGCGGCCGACAAGGCAGCACCAGGCAGAGCUGAGAAGACGUCGCCCGUGGUGUCGGUGCCCAUCCGCAGCAGCCCGUCCCGCUCCCCGCCGGCUCCAGAUGAGUCCUCUCCCAAAGCCAGGAAAGCCCAUUCCCCUGCCCCCAAGAUCCACUCCCCGCGGCCGGAGGGGUCCCUGGGGGUGGUGAGGAACGGGGGUCCGGCGCCCGCCUGGACCCUGAACUCCUGCCCUGCUGCCCCUGGGGGCUCCCCACCUGCCGGCCGCCUCCCCCAAGCCAAAGGGCCAGAGAAAGUCAGAUCUUGCUCCUCUUCCUCUUCCUCCUCCUCCUCCGCCUCCCACAAGGUGCCCAGCCCCCUGCCCGCCCCACUCCCUGUGCUGCCCCCCAAGGAGGAAGACAGGGAAGGGCCCAAGGUCAAGUCGGAGCCGCCAGCCCCGGAGGUGCCCGGGGACCUGCCAGACAAAGCCAGGGGCGGAGCCGCCAAGGUGCUGGUGCCGCUGCCGGUGCCCCCCCGCACCCCGUCCAAAGAGAAGAGGAGCUCGUCCACCUCCUCGUCUUCGUCGUCCUCGUCUUCUUCCUCCUCCUCGUCCUCUUCCUCCUCCUCUGACUCCAGCUCCAGCUCCUCAGAGUCCAGCCACGACUCCCCGGCGAGCAAGGGGCCUGACCUGGAGACGGCGAAGAAAGAGCCACCGAGCCCAGCGCAGAAGGAGCUGGCCCGUGAGGGGCGCCCCCUGGAGGUGGCCAAGCGGAAACGCCGUUCCCGAAGCUCCAGCAGCUCCAGCAGCAGCUCGUCGUCAUCAUCCUCCUCAUCUUCAUCCUCGUCUUCCUCCUCCUCCUCGUCUUCCUCCUCCUCAUCCUCUUCUUCCUCCUCGUCCUCGUCCUCCUCCUCCCCCAAGCCGGGGCCCCAACCGCAGCCCAAGGCAGCCCCCAAGAAGCCCUCGCCUGAGCAGAGGCGCUCCCGGAGCCCCCGGAAGCCGAUCGACUCCCUGCGCGACUCGCGCUCUCUCAGCUAUUCCCCGGCCGAGCGGCGCCGGCCCUCCCCUCCGGAGCCCCCCCUGGCCCAGCGGGACCGGCACAGUGACAAACCCUCCCAGAGGAGCCGAGGAACCAACAGCCGCUCCCCAGGUCGCAAGCGCAGGCGGGAAACACCCAGCCCCCCCCACGCUGCCCGUCGCCGAGCGUCCCGGUCACCGUAGCCCGCGGGGCUCCGCCCAGCCUCCAGCAGCAGCGCCCCCUAGCAGGGGCUCCGGCAGCAGCCUCCUUCGUUUCUAUUGGCUCCUCCCCCUCCCCCAUUGGCUGGCGGCUACGUCCCACCCCCUCGGCUGCCGGGGCCCCGCCCCAUUGUGACUCGACUCUCGUUUUUUCCCAUGUGAGCGUUUCAGUUUUUUCUCUUCUGUGAGUUUUACCGAUAAAAAAACCGACAAAACUUCUGUGUUUUGAGACAAGUGGGUGGGCGGGUGGGGGGAGUUGGGUUGAUUUAGACAAAAAAUGGUUCAAGAGGAAAACACAAAAAAAGGGGGGGGGUAAGGGUGGGAUUUUGGGGUGAGGCAUGGAAAAAGCCAGCUUGAUUUAGUGUUUCUCAGUCGAAGGGCAGGGAGCUGGCGAGAUCCUGCUUCUCCGGCAGAGACCCGCAUGGUAUGUGCUCCCUACAUUUCUGAGAUGCAUCACCCCUCUUUGAAGCACCCCCAAUUUUCAGGGGGUGAAUCCCCCCAAAUCUCGGGUUUAGAUCACCCUCUCUGGCAGCCCCCCCAAAUUUUAGGGGGUAGAUUGCUCCCCUUUCACUGGCAGCAGCACCAGGAGCUCUCAUUGCUAGCACCCCAAAUGUCCAGGCCCCUAUCCCCCUGCCCAGCCCCCCCAAAUUACUCUAAGAGGAGGUGAGGAAGUGAUUUGAGUUCUCCCUGCCAUUAAAAUGUGGGGGAGUGCUUCUUUGGGCUCACUGAGGGGUUCCAGCUAUCGAUAUUUGAGGGGGUGUUAGCACCAGCACCCUGAGUUCAGGGGCAUAAUCUGCCCUCUCAGGAGCCACUCCCAAAAUGAGACUGAUUUAGGGGAGCAUAUGCGCUUUCAGUUAAAUUUGGGGCACCUCUUUUGAUGCGUGGAGGGGGCAGAGUUGGGGUUCACUGGACCCCCCAAUAAAGGGACUCUUGGGGGGCUAUUUGUACCCCAAACAGCAGUUUGGGGGCACUGUCAGCAGAGCCCAGACCAUAGUGGGUUUGGAGUGGGAGUGGCCGGGCCAUGGGCCCCACGGUUGUGGGGGGCGAGCCGGCUGAGAAACCCUAAAUCGAAGGGCAGAUUUGGGGGUGGGGUGGAGGCGGGGCAGAGAAUUUUCUUCACGUUUCUUAAAAGCGUUGGAUUUUUUUUUUUAAUCUGUACAGCAAGGAGACUUUUCUGUGAAAUAAAUGACGAAAAGCAGA